AUGGGUUCAUCACGAUCAUCCAGUGAGCGCACUGGCUCCAUCCACUCCGCAGAGUCACCCAAGAAGGUAUUGCAAACCAAAGCGGACCCCAACCUGGCCCUUCACGAGGCACAGCCAAUGUCUUUGGGCAACCACGGCGACUAUAGUUCCUCCUCCCUUGGAAGUAUUCAACACAAAGACCGGGAAGGAAGAAUCAUCGCGGACCCCGACCGUUGCAAUCCAACCCGCAAUCGCCUGGAGCGCCCGUUAGACACGAUUCGAUCCUUCCAAGCUGCCAUUGAUGCGCAUCGGAAACAAGAUCUUUAA